UUUGUAAACUGGACCCAGAAGUCUCAGAUCAUCUCAAACCAACUAUUUCAGCUAUGUGCACAUUUGUGUUUUCUCUUUGUGCGUUUGGAUUUGUUUUAUCAUGUUUCAGUCACCAUAUAUCGGCCAGAUUUACUGAUGACUUAAUACAAUCACCAAAAAACAGGGCUAAUGCGUCUUCAAGACACACCAGAGGGGUUGAUAGCCCUGCUCCCAUUGACUGUAAACUCAAGAGCUGGACGCAGUGGUCAGCUUGUGAUUCCUGCCGCGACAGGACGAUUCGUUUCCAGUACUUGGAGCGAGCGUCUCAGUUCGGUGGUGAGAAGUGUGUGCACAGUCAGUGGGAUGAAAGGAUGUGUCCAGAAGAGGGCGAGUGUCAGCUACAGGACAACUACUGUGGAGACAUGUUUGCGUGUGGGCCCAAAGGACGCUGUGUUGGACGGCAGCUCCGAUGCAAUGAUGAGAUAGACUGCAUAAAUCAGAAAGAUGAGACUGACUGCGAAGUGAUCAACAGAAGAGACACUAAAUGUACCGGCAUGCUGACUAUACCAGGAGCCGAAAAAGCCACUCAAGGAUACAAUGCUUUAUCUGGAGAGUUUGUGCAUCGUGUUCUGGACCCGACCUACUUCGGAGGCCUUUGCGAAUACAUCUAUAACGGAGAGUGGCGGAAACUCACGUACGAUCCUUUCUGUGAACACCUCAGUUAUGAUGAUGGGGAAAAAUAUUACAGGAAACCUCACAACUUCCUCUCGUAUCAAAUAAUGGCACAAGCGACUACCAAGGAAGAAUCAGAUUAUUACGAGGAUGCCGUUAGCUUUCUCAAGGCAAGGCAGAGCGAAGGAUCUUUCAAUUUUGGUUUGACGCAGAGAAUCUCUUUUGUGGAAGUUGGUCGGGAAAUCAGCUCCGAAUUCAAGUUUCUACGCAACGUAUCACAGUACACCAAUAAGGAGGUGGGUUUUGUCAGGCUUUUGUCAACAGUGCAAACAGCUCAGUUUAAGAUGAGAAGCAGAGACCUGACUCUGGACGAGGACACGCUCUGGGCUCUGGGCGAUCUGCCCGAUCAGUACGAUUUUGGUGCAUAUUCCCAGUUUUUCAAUGAAUACGGCACACAUUAUGUCACCGAGGGAACCAUGGGUGGAGUACUGGAUUAUGUUGCUGUUGUGAACAAGAAUGCCAUGCAAAGAAAUGAAAUGACUGGGUUCCAAGUUGGAGCGUGCUUUGGUGCAUCUUUGGGACUGACAUACGAACAGGUGUCAACCAAAAUAAAAAAGAAAAUAUGUGAAAAAAUUGGAACAAAGACUACGACCGGCGAUCAGUCCAGCAGUGGUAUUGAGGACGUGCUCGGCUUUGUAAAGGGUGGACACACUGGCUCCAGCACUGGAAGUAUGGCUAUAAAAGAUGCCAAGAGUUACCAGGAAUGGGGAAAGAGUCUCAAAUACAAUCCUGCGCUAAUUGAGUUUGAGGUUUCACCGAUAUACGAGCUGGUGCGUUUGAGCACAGCAGCCGAGCAGCUUCGCGCAAAGUUGCCUCAUCUGAAGACGGCGUGGGACGAGUACAUGCAGAACUUCAACCCGUGCCGCUGCGCUCCCUGUAUGAAUAACGGCGUUCCUGUGCUCUCCAGGACAGACUGCAGCUGUAUCUGUAAAAGCGGUUACAGAGGUGAGGCCUGUGAGGAGACGGAAAGACAAGGCCCUACACAUGGAGAGUGGAGCUGCUGGAGUUCCUGGUCCCCUUGUGUGUCUGGAACAAAGACACGAAAACGAGAAUGCAAUAACCCUCCACCAAAAGAUGGUGGCCUGGCUUGUCAAGGAAGCAGCAAUCAGAAGAAACGUUGCUAAAAAUGUACAUAUGCUCAUGCUUAGUGUUAGUUUUAUACUAGCAUAAUCCCACUUCUGUCUGCUGGUUUGGGUUUACCAGUUAAGUUUAGUUCAAAUAUUUAGCUUUUUUGGAUGACCUGAUUUCAAGUCCCAGCUUGUGGUGCUUUUAUCGUCAUGUUCCCUUGGUUCCUCUUCAAUUGCUGCCUCUCUAUACUCUCAUAUUAACAUGAAAGCAGGAAAGCGUAAAAGAUACAACUUUAAAAAUUAAAAAGAAAGUUCACUUAAAAAUGUCUUUUGAUUGUAUGGAGGUUUCAAAUGGAUGUGAGAUUUUAAAGCAAAUAAAAGAUUUUCAAAGAA